UUUUUCAUUUAUGUUUGAAAUUUAACUUCAAAAUUAAAUAAUCUACAUUUUACAAAAGUUAUUGUAAAUUUUCGUUAAUACUAUUUUUAUUAUUAUUAUCACUAUUAUUCAACAUUAACAUAAUAAUGUUGCCAUGGACAAUUGCAGUUAUUUUAGGAUUAAUGACAAUUCUUGCAUAUAUAUUUAAUUUUUAUAAGAAUCGAGAAUUCAAUCAACUUGCAUCAAAAUUUCCUGGACCAUUUUCACUUCCUUUGUUAGGAGAUGCUUAUCUUUUUCUCGGCAAUUCAGAAAAAAUAUACAAAGCAUUAUAUAGUCUUCCUGAAAGAUUUAAUGCAAAUUGUGGAAGAAUUUGGUUGGGUCCUCGAUUAAUUAUAUGUUUUUAUAAUCCUGAAGAUAUCAAGACUAUUCUUCAGAAUCCAGCAACUUCUGAAAAAGAUGAUUUAUACUCUGUAAUGGAGCCUUGGCUUGGUUCUGGAUUAAUUACAGCAAAAGGAGAUGUAUGGAAAGUGCACAGAAAAUUCAUUCAACCGACUUUUAAUCAACGAAUUUUAAAUUCAUUCGUUGACAUUUUUCAUAAACAUUCUUUGAUAUUGACGAAAAAAUUAGAAAAAGAAAUCAAUGGCCAGGAAUUUAAUAUAAAUCAAUAUAUUUCAAUUAGUUCCCUAGCAAUAAUUCGCGAGAGCGCAAUGGGAAUUAAUGAACACGAAGACGAGAAUACCAAUAAAACAUAUGUGAAAGCUCUUGGAAAAACACUCGAAACUGCCAACGAACGAAUCUUCAAAGUUUGGCUUCAAGUGGAUAUCAUUUUUAAAAUGACCAAAUUAUCGAAACAAUUUCAGGAGAGUGUUAAGUACUUGCACAAUUUUACCGAUAAGUUAAUUAAAUCAAAAAGGGAAAAAAUUAACUCUGAUAAGGAAAUUGAAGAAGGAGAUUCUUCAAAGAAAAUGAAACCAUUUCUUGACAUAUUGAUGAAUUUAUCGGAUAAGGAGAAACUAUUAUCGGAUUCGGAACUUCGAAAUGAAGUCGACACUAUAUUGUUUGCAGGUCACGAUACAACUGCAACGACUGUAUCAUUUACUUUACUUAUGUUAGCAUCUCACCAAGAUAUUCAGGAUAAAGUCUACAAGGAGAUUUACAAUCUUUACGGAUCGAAAACUCCCGAAGAAGUUCCUUUUACAUCCGAACAUUUUCAACACUUACCUUACAUGGAGAAGGUGAUCAAAGAAACCAUGCGACUCUUUCCGAUUGCGCCAUUUUUACUGCGAAAAGUCAGUGAAAAUUUGAAAUUAGGAAAAAAUACAGUUCCAAAGGGUUCAAGUGUCUUAAUUCCAGUAUCAAAUAUUCAUCGGGAUGAGAAAAUUUGGCAUGAACCUUUUAAAUUUAAUCCAGAAAGAUUCUCAUCAGAGGAAUCUGCUAAACGUCAUCCGUACGCUUAUCUUCCAUUUAGCGCAGGACCGAGAAAUUGUAUCGGACAAACGUUUGCAAUGAUGUCGAUGAAGUCAAUAGUGAGCACAAUUCUCCGCAAAUAUAUUGUCAAGAAGGAUAAAAUAAAACCAAUCGAGGAUAUUGGAAUAAAAUUGGAUAUUCUACUUCGUUCCACGGAGCCAAUUACAAUUAGAAUUGAAAACAGAAAAAUUUUGAAUUACUUUAACGAAAAUAAAAAAUCUAAACUAGAAAUUUUCUUUUGUAAAAUGGGUGUUAUAUUAAUAAUUGCAAUUGUAUUUAUUUUAUUAAGUUUUAUAAUUCAAUAUGUGAAAAAUAGACGACUAUACAGACAAGCGGAAUUAUUUUCUGGUCCCAGGCCUUUACCAAUAAUUGGAAGUGGUCAUUUAUUUAUUGGAAAUGCCGAAGAUAUUCUCAAUAAAUUUAAAGAUAUCUAUGAAUCGUAUCCUUCACCGUUGCGAGUGUGGCUGGGAAAUCGUUUAUAUAUCGCUAUUUACGAACCUGAACAACUAAAAGCAGUUUUUUUAAGUCCAAAGGCUAUUGAAAAAGAUGAUCUUUAUAAAUUUAUGCGUCCAUGGUUAGGGACUGGAUUAUUUACUUCACCGGCCGCGAAAUGGCGAAUUCAUCGAAGAUUAAUUAUGCCGGCAUUUAAUCCAAAAAUUUUACAAUCUUUCGUUGAAAUUUUCGAUAAACAUUCAAGAAUAUUAGUGAAAAAUUUAGAAUCACAAGUUGAUGGCGAAGAAUUCGAUGUAUUUAAAUUAAUAUCAGUUUGUACUUUAAAUACAAUUUGUGAAAGUGCUAUGGGCGUUUCAACAAAUUCCGAAACCGAUAAGCACAAUAAAUAUGCCAAAGCAGCUGAAAGAGUGUUUCAAGUGGUUUUUCAUCGAAUGGCAAAAAUUUGGCUUCAUCCGGAAUUUAUUUUCAAACUCACUAAAUUAUCACGAGACAUGAAUGAAUCAAUUCAAUAUUUACACAGUGUCACAAAUGAUGUUAUUCGAAAGAAAAAAGAAUUAAAAGCCGUUGGACUCUCUGCUAAUGAGGAUACGAAUAAAACUCACUGGAAACCAUUUUUGGAUCUCCUGAUGGAAUUAUCAGACGAUGGGAAAAAAUUCACAGACGAAGAAUUACGCGAAGAAGUCGAUACUAUGAUGAUUGCGGGAAAUGAUACAACAGCGAGUGUUAAUUCUUUUGUUAUGCUAAUGUUAGCCUCUUAUCCCGAAAUACAAGAGAAGACCUAUCAGGAAAUUUUUGAAAUUUACGGAGAUUCGGAUCCAGAAGAUUGUCCAAUUAAACCUGAAGAUUUACAAAGAAUGCCAUACUUGGAACGUGUUAUCAAGGAAACAAUGCGUCUAUUUCCCGUUGGUCCUGUUAUUUUGAGGAAAUUGUCAGAUGAUCUUGACAUUGGUGAUCAUAAACUGCCAAAAGGAUGUUCAGUGGUACUUGUAAUAAUAAAAGUACAUCGUACCGAUGAACUCUGGCCAAAUCCAUUGAAAUUCGAUCCUGAUAGAUUUUUACCAGAGGAAGUUGCAAAACGUCAUCCCUAUUCCUACAUUCCAUUCAGCGCUGGUCCACGAAACUGUAUUGGUUUCAAGUACGCAAUGAUGUCAAUGAAAGUACUUUUGGCAACAAUUCUUCGAAAAUACAUCUUGAUAAAGGACAAAGUGACACCGAUUCAAGAUAUUAAAUUAAAAGUCGACGUAAUGCUAAAACCAGUUGAAAAAAUUACCCUUCGAAUUAAGAAUAGACCAUUGAAAAAGUGUAUUUAACUUUAAAUAUUCGUAUCGUUUUCCAUAAGUUAGUAAUCGAUGAAAAAAAAUAAUCUCCGAUAAAUUAAAAUUAAUAAAUAAAUAUUCUACAAUUAAGAAAAAUUUCUAUCAAAUUAUAAAUUGUUUUUUCAAAUAAAAAUAUUGUU